CCGGCUUCACUUUUUUUCACGUUGGGUUUUUUUUUUUUUUUUUUCGCAGCCUGUGCGUGUGUUGUAGUUGUGAGCAUGCAAGGCAACGGCCAUCACCGAAACAAGGAAUCAAGGAGAACAUGGACAAAUGGGCAACUUAUAUUUUACAAAUGCACUUUAUAUUUAUUCAUCUUUAGUCUGGAACUGAAGAGGAGCGUUACUGCAUCGCUGGACUCUGACGAGUUUGCUUUCUUCCAUGAGGGAGCCCAGGGGUGCCUGGGAGUGCGGGAUCACUCCCUCGUCCUGUCAGCCUCCUGUGAGGAAGUCAACCAGCGCUGGAAAUGGGUGACCCGGGGUCGCCUGUUCAACCUGGGCUCUUCGCUGUGCCUGGGCAUGACCACUGGUAACCUCACCUCCAUCGGGAACAAGUCUCCCUUGGGUGUGUACACCUGUGACCGUGAGCCCCCCAGAGUACGCUGGACAUGGACCUGUGGCCAAGUGUUGGACAACCUCAACAACUACCUUCCCUCACCCUCAUUUUGGAACUCCUCCUCAACCUCCCCUCCUUCAACGCUCAAAUGGACACUGCAUGGUGGCGUGCAGGACCUGUGCUCUAAAACAUAUCGUGAGAUCUACACAAUCCAGGGGAACUCUCAUGGUCGCCCCUGCUAUCUGCCCUUCCUGUAUGAUGGCCAGUGGUUCCACAACUGCACUAGUAUCGGACGUGAGGACGGUCACCUCUGGUGUGCCACCACCUUCGACUAUGGCAAGGACGAGCGGUGGGGCUUCUGUCCUGUCAAGAGCAGUGGCUGUGAGACAUUCUGGGAUACUGACCCGCUGACAGACAGCUGUUACCAGUUUAACUUCCAGGCUACACUGUCAUGGAGCGAAGCUCGGAUCAGUUGCCAGCAGCAGGGGGCAGACCUGCUAAGCAUCACCAAGCUGCAUGAGCAGACAUACAUCAACGGUAAAGGAAACUGUGUUGUCAUGAUUCACGGGAACCCACAGAAGAACACUGGCAUGUGGGCUUCCCGAGCCUGUGAGAUGGAAAAUAAUGGCUUUAUCUGUCAAAGGCAACAAGACUCAGGUCUCCCUCCGGCCCCGGCUCUUAUUCCUGCCUCCCUGUCAAAGCCUGUGGAGUUGGGUGGAGUGACUUACCGGGUUGUGGAGAAGCGUCUGGACUGGACCGGCGCUCUGCACAUCUGUGAAUCUUUGAAUGGGACCCUGGCCACUGUGAGGGAUCCCUACCAGCAAGGUUACCUGACGCUGCUGAUCAACAGCCUGCACCGGCCCGCUUGGAUCUCUCUCUACAACUAUGGAGGACGGAGCUUCACCUGGCUAGGUGAAGAAGAAGUUGCAUAUUCAAACUGGAAAGAUGGGGAGCCCAAUCAAAUGGCUGGAUGCGGUCACAUGACCACUACUGGGCAGUGGACUAUGACUCCCUGUGAUGCUAAACUGGAGGCUGCUAUCUGUCAAAUUAGUCAUGAGCCUGUGGUUCACCAGUGGAUCUACCCUGGCCAGUGCCCCCACUCUUUGGGAGAAUGGGCUUGGAUGCCUUUCAGAAACCACUGUUACGCCUUUAACCUGCAAAAUCUGAAACUGCAGCAGGAUGCACGCAUGUCCUGUAAGAAAGUUGGAGCAGAACUUCUCUCUAUCUUGGAUGAGACAGAGAAUGGAUUUAUAUGGGAACACAUCCAGAGCUAUGCAGAACAGGCACAUGGAGCUUGGCUGGGCAUCAGCGUGAAAGGUAGAGGUCUAGUGUGGAGCGAGGACACAGAGAUGUCGUACACCAACUGGGAGGCGCACGAUGUCGCCUUCUCUGUUCUGUCUCCAAACUCCUGCUUCUGGAUCCAGAGCAACAGUGGCCUGUGGAAGCCGGGCUCCUGCAGAAACCGCACACAUGGAGUCAUCUGCAAAGGGCCUCGCAGUGCUGAGACCUCAGCUACAACGUUUGAAGGUGACCACCUGCCCACUCUGAUUGUUGUCAUGGUGACGGGCCUGGUGCUGGUGGUGCUGAUUGUCUCUGUGAUCUACUUGUACCGUCGGCGAACUGUUGGGUCCCGGGGGUCUUACGAAGGAGCCCGCUAUAGCCGCACCAACUCCAGCCUCGCAGAGCAGACUGAGAAGAACAUCCUGGUGUCCGACAUGGAGCUGAACGAGCAGCCAGAGUAGCAGGACUGACAGACCCAGGACUGGAACCAACCUGACACAGGAGAGGCUGAUCGUCAACCUUCAACGUGCUGACUCAGAUACACAUUGUAUGUUUUUGUUGUCUCUUUUGAAACAAAAAAAAAAGAUUUUUAAAGUGCUGAAGGGCUGUGUAGAGCACAGCAGAUGUUUAGUUCUGAAAUUGAAUCCCCACCUUCUCAAUCCUCUUUUGCCAAGACUUUAGAGUCCUACCAAAUUCUCUCAGAUCCUUCCAUAUGUACAGCUUUUCCCCAAAAGCACUCAUUAAGGCCAUAAAUGGAUCUACUGGGAGUUUAGUUUUAUUGCAGCUGGAAAAGUUCAACAUAAAAUUUGCUUUAUGAAAUUACUCCUCACGUCUUCCUUGGUGCCAAAGUAAAUGUUUGCUCGGUGUAUAUUUCUUUCCUGUUCCCAUUUUUUGAUUGAAAGACGUUCAAAGUACUAUCACAGUCACCGAUCGACUGAACUAUUAGUCUCUGUCCUCGCAGUCACAGUCUUCUUCAGGACCAAAUUCAUUUUUUCAUUUUUUUUUUCAUUUUUUGUCAUGACAGUAUUUACCUGAAACUGAUUUGUAUUUUCGUUGCUUCAUUAUGUCCAUGUCCUUCCCAUUGAUUUGUCACUAUCUGUGCAGCUGUAGAGAACUCUUACUGAUGAUGCAUGUGGGGUUUUUGUAAGCCUGCCUCUCUCCUCCUUUCUGAUCUGCCACGUCAGCACCAGCUGCCACACGAGGAGAAGAGGAAGAAGUCCAAAUGUGAAUGUGUGGGAGUUGACAGGGACCAUUAUUAGUGGUGACCUCAAACCGUCUGAGGGCAGUAUGUGCACAUUACCAAUACUAAGUUCUGUGGAGAACAUAGUAUUGAAAGCUAGUCUUUAUAUAGACUACAUUGUCUUUUUUGGUACUGCAGGACUGAAGGAUGUCAUCAAAUGAUCCGACUUUCAGUUUCCAUGGCUUUGUGUACAUUUUGGCACUUUCUGCUAUUAUCUUGAGCUAAUUCAAUAUUAGUCAUCCACUUGCCUUUAGUCCUUAUCCUUAUGGCACAGUUGCUGCUCUGUGAUUCCAAACUUUUGUUUGUUUUGGCUCUUCAUGCCACCAUCUGGAGCGGAUUCAGCAAUUUUUAAGGACAGUAAUUUUCUUUGUAUGCACCGUGAAAAAGUUUUGCAAUUUGUUAUUUGUCUGAUUCAUCAUUAUUAUGGGCCACAGUUCACUUCUUUGUAUGUUUUAUUACUGAGAUAUUUUUCUCUCUUUGUCUUUUUAAUGAUGCUGGUUUCAAUAUGCGUUUUGACUUAAAUAUGGCUGGUAAAGACAUUCGGAAACUUUCCUACCUUUGGAUAAUUGCCAAAGCUUGAACUUCGCCUUGCCUCACAAAGGAAAACAUCCCUCAUGAUAAUGACACCGUUGUAUAUAUGAGAGCCAAAGAAUGUUUUAAAAGUGAAUUCACUACAAGAGAAAAACAUAAUUUUCAGAUUUCACUUCAACACUGCUUAAUGACCACAUUUUCCAGAGUUCAUUUGCCACCUGAAAGCUCUUGCCUCUGAGUGCAUUUCUGUCUUCCUUUUUGAUGGAAUGCUUUGGAGCCUUUUCAGUCUGAAGCUUUUGGUGUUUCACAGUGCUGCUGUGAAAAAAAGAGCUUUUUUGCUCCAUGACUUGGACUAAGAUAGAGGGGGAAGGGCGGAGGAUAAGUAGAAGUGUGAGAGUGUGAGUGUGUGAGUGUGUGUGUGUGUGUGUGUGUGUGCGCAGUCUCCAGCUGUGGAAUGUUGAGUCGGCAAGAAGAGCUCAGUGGCACGUCUGGAACCAAUCAGAGAAGGAGGGCUCAGGGACAUGAGGGGUCAGAAAGAAGAGGAGAAAGGAAAACUAGACAAAGUAGAAAAAGGGAAAAAGGUGGAGUGUGAGGAGGAGUCAGGGAUGAAGGAAUAGGAGAAGGAGGAGUGUAAAGGGUGCAUUGUUUUGUCCCAGGCUUGCCCCGGCCUCUGCUGGUGGUUUACUGUACAGGUUUGUCUUGAUAUGCAGAUGUGAAUUGGUUGAGGUGAAGGUGUGAAGGUGCAACAACCCUCAGUGCGUUCCCCAGUGAGAUCAUGUCUAUGAUGCAGGCCGGCUCUUGUCCCUGUGAAGAUUACCCCAAGCACCUGUUCAACAUUUUUUUGAAAGUUUUUGUGUCAUUUUUAUAUGAAAUGAAUAAAGUCUAUGUUCUCAAA